AUGCGUAUCUUUACUCGCAAACCCAGGGAUCAUGUUUCUCCCGCAACAACCACAACCACUACAACCCAUCACGAGAAAGCCCCUCGUGCAGUCAUGACCAUGUCUUCCAAACCUACUUUCGGCCAAUGGCUGAAAGCAACAUGGCUCGAUCUUGCAACCAUGUUGGCUAUGGGUAUGAUUGGCUUAGGAGUAGGUUCCAAAUUCCCUUCAAACGAGCAAUGAAAAAAAUACUAACAUCAUCCCCAUGUAUACUUCGCCCACCCAGCACCCUCCCGCUCUUUUCCCAUCUUCUUCCAAGAUGGUGAGAUCGUCUAUCCACAAUUCGCAUACCCCAUGCGCAAUGAAAUAGUACCCAUCUGGGCCGCCGCUCUCCUCGCAGCUCUGGUCCCCAUCGCCGUCUUCCUCAUCUGUCAGAUUAGAAUCCGCUCCUUCUGGGACGUCAACAACGCUACAAUCGGACUUUUCUACUCCCUCAUCACCGCAGCCGUCUUCCAGGUUUUUCUCAAAUGGCUGAUUGGUGGUCUACGUCCUCAUUUCCUGGCAGUAUGUAAACCCAACGUUCCAGAAAUCACAGCGCAGGAGAUGGGAAAUGGAUUACGACAAAUCAUGUACGACCGCACCGUAUGCACAGGAGACGAGAGCGAAAUCGAUGACUCACUUGAAUCAUUCCCAAGUGGACACUCUACUGCUGCAUUCGCAGGUUUCGUAUUCCUGUUCUUGUACUUGAAUGCCAAACUCAAGGUCUGGUCCAACUACCACCCGGCAAUGUGGAAAAUGGUCGCACUCUGGGCACCCAUUCUCGGCGCUACACUCAUCGCUGGAGCCUUGACCAUUGACGAGUACCACAACUGGUAUGAUUGUCUCGCAGGUGCGAUCAUUGGUACCUGCAUGGCAUUCUCAGCUUACAGAAUGGUUUACGCUUCUAUUUGGGAUUGGAGAACAAACCACAUUCCUUUGAACAGAGGUGUCCCAUUUGCAGGCAGAGGAUACGAGUUGGAAGAUGCUACUUUCACACGCAAGGUUGGAUGGGGAAUUGGAGGUGGUCACUUUGGUGGACACCACAAUGGAGGUGUUUCAGGUGGUCACCAUGCAAACGGGAUGGAUAUGCAUGAUGGAAGUGCAUUUGGUCAACAUGCAGGUGGUUCUAGUCCGUUGAGAAAGCCAGCUGGUGGCCAUACUCGAAACCCAUCCGAUACCAUCGUCUAA